AUGGCCUGGGGCCCCCUGGCUCGGCUCCUGCUGGCCUGGACAGCCCUGUCAUGCGUGGCGGGAGUCCAGGGCCGUUGGGAUGGGGCCGUGCAGCCUGCAGGUCUCGGACGUGUGCGCAGGCGUGGCAGCCCAGGCUUCUUGCAGGGGCCUAACGUGUGUGGUUCCCGCUUUCACGCCUACUGCUGCCCCGGCUGGAGGACGCUGCCCGGUGGGAACCGGUGUGUCGUGCCCAUCUGUAGACAUGCCUGCGGCGAGGGCUUCUGCUCCCGACCCAACCUGUGCGCCUGUGCUGAUGGGAAGCUGGCCCCCAGCUGCGGGGUGAGCCGAGGGUCAGGGUGCAGCGUGAGCUGCAUGAAUGCGGGCAGCUGCCGAGGGGGGUAGAGGGGCUACACGGGCACCGUGUGUGGGCAACCCAUCUGUGACCACGGCUGCCACAACGGGGGCCGCUGCAUCGGGCCGAGCCGCUGCGCCUGUGUGUACGGCUUCAUGGGACCUCAGUGUGAGAGAGACUACCGGACAGGGCCCUGCUUUGGGCGAGUGGGCCCUGAGGGAUGCCAGCACCAGCUGACAGGCGUCGUCUGCACCAAGGCGCUCUGCUGUGCCACUGUGGGCCGGGCCUGGGGCCUCCCGUGUGAGCUCUGCCCUGCUCAGCCGCACCCCUGCCGCCGGGGCUUCAUCCCCAAUAUCCACACGGGGGCCUGCCAGGACGUGGAUGAGUGCCAGGCUGUCCCAGGCCUGUGCCAGGGGGGCAGCUGUGUCAACUCUGUGGGUUCCUUUGAGUGUCACUGCCCAGCUGGACACCGGCUCAGUGAGAACAGCUUCAAGUGUGAAGAUGUAGACGAAUGUCUCAGCAUACCAGGCCUCUGCUCCGGGGGCGGCUGUACCAACACAGUGGGGAGCUACGUGUGCACCUGUCCCCGUGGUUAUGCCAGCAGCCUGGACGGUACCCGAUGCCUGGACCACCGUGCUGGCACCUGCUUCUCGGCGCUGAUCGUGGGCCGCUGUUCCGGAGACCUGGCUGGCCACUACACCCACAGGCAGUGCUGCUGUGACAAGGGCAGGUGCUGGGCGGCUGGCCCGACCCCUGAGCUGUGUCCUCCACGGGGCUCUGAUGAGUUCCAGCGAUUGUGUGCCCUGGGCCUCCCGCUGCUGCCCUCCUACCCUGGCUCCUUCCCUGGCCUCCCUGGCUUCGGAUCCAGUGGUGGUGUGGGUCCUGGCCUGGGGCCGGCCCGACACAGUCCCCACGGCUCCAGUGGGCGUGGGGUUCCCAGCCUGGGCCUUGGUGACGCCAACAUUGGCACAGCCACGCUGAACCAGACCAUCGACAUCUGCCGACACUUCACCAACCUGUGUCUCAAUGGCCGCUGCCUGCCAACCUCUUCCAGCUACCGCUGCGAGUGUAACGCGGGCUACACACAGGACGUCCGGGGGGAGUGCAUCGAUGUGGACGAAUGUGCCAGCAGCCCCUGCCUCCGCGGAGACUGCGUCAACACCCCUGGCUCCUACCACUGCUGGUGCCCGGAGGGCUUUCAGGCGACGCCCACCAAGCAGGCAUGCGUGGAUGUGGACGAGUGCGUUGCCGGCAGUGGCCUCUGCUACCAGGGCCGCUGUGUCAACACGGAAGGCAGCUUCCAGUGUGUCUGCAACGCAGGCUUCGAGCUCAGCCCUGACGGCAAGAACUGUGUGGACCACAACGAGUGUGCCACCACCACCAUGUGUGCCAACGGGAUGUGCCUGAACGAGGACGGCAGCUUCACGUGCCUCUGCAAACCCGGCUUCCUGCUGGCGCCCGGUGGCCGCCACUGCGUGGACAUCGACGAGUGCCAGACGCCGGGCAUCUGCAUGAACGGCCACUGUACCAACACCGAGGGUUCCUUCCGCUGCCGCUGCCUGGGGGGGCUCGCGGUGGGUGCGGACGGCCGCGCGUGCGUGGACACCCACGUGCGCAGCACGUGCUACGGGACCCUUGACAAGGGCUCCUGCACCCGCCCCUUCCCGGGUGCCGUCACCAAAUCCGAGUGCUGCUGUGCCAGCCCGGACCACGGGUUUGGGGAGCCCUGCCAGCCGUGUCCUGCCAAGAGCUCCGCCGAGUUCCAGGCCCUGUGCAGCAGCGGUCUUGGCAUCACCACGGAUGGCAGAGACAUCAACGAGUGUGCUCUCGACCCUGACGUCUGUGCCAACGGCAUGUGUGAGAACCUGCGGGGCAGCUACCGCUGUAUCUGCAACCUGGGCUAUGAGGCAGGCGCAGCCGGCAAGGAGUGCAUGGACGUGGAUGAGUGCGCUCUCAACAGCCUCCUGUGUGACAACGGGCGGUGCCGGAACAGCCCCGGCAGCUACAGCUGCUCCUGCCCCCAGGGCUUCAGCUUCCGGCAAGACACGGAGACCUGCGAAGACAUCGACGAGUGCCUGUCCAACCCGUGUGUGAACGGCGUGUGCCGCAACCUGGCAGGCUCCUACGCCUGCGAGUGCGCCCCUGGCAGCCGCCUGGGACCCUCCGGCACCGUGUGCCUAGACAGCACCAAAGGCACCUGCUGGCUGAAGGUCCAGGAUGGCCGCUGCGAGGCGAACCUGCGCGGAGCCACCCUGCGGUCCGAGUGCUGCGCCACGCUCGGGGCUGCCUGGGGGAGCCCCUGCGAACGCUGUGACAUGGACCCAGCCUGUGCCCGAGGCUUCGCCCGCGUGAAGGGACUCAGCUGCGAAGAUGUGAACGAGUGUGAGGUCUUUCCCGGGGUCUGUCCCAACGGGCGCUGCCUCAACACUGCCGGCUCCUUCCGCUGCGAGUGUCCGGAGGGGCUGACGCUGGAUGCCACAGGCCGGCUGUGUGUAGACGUGCGCCUGGAGCUUUGUUUUCUGCGUUGGGAUGAGGACGAGUGUGGGGCUGCCCUGCCCGGCAAGUACCGCAUGGAUGUCUGCUGCUGCUCCGUGGGGGCCGCUUGGGGGGCCGAGUGCGAGGCCUGCCCCGAGCCGGAGUCCCCAGCGUUCGCCAGCCUAUGUCCCCGGGGGCUGGGCUUUGCCAGCCGGGACUUCCUGUCAGGCCAGCCCUUCUAUAAAGAUGUGAAUGAAUGCAAAGCCUUCCCUGGGCUGUGUGCGCACGGCACCUGCCGCAACACCGUGGGCAGCUUCCGUUGCUCCUGUGCCGGGGGCUUUGCCCUAGAUGCCCAGGAAAGGAACUGCACAGACAUUGAUGAGUGCCGCAUCUCCCCUGACCUCUGUGGCCAGGGCACCUGUGUCAAUACCCCAGGCAGCUUCCAGUGCGAGUGUUUCCAUGGCUACGAGAGUGGCUUCAUGAUGAUGAAGAACUGCAUGGAUGUGGAUGAAUGUGCCCGGGACCCGCUGCUGUGCCGGGGAGGCACCUGUACCAACACGGACGGGAGCUAUGAGUGCCAGUGCCCUGCUGGGCACGCGCUGGUGGCCAAGGGCACUGCCUGUGAGGAUGUGGACGAGUGCUCCCUGAGUGACGGCCUGUGUUCUCACGGCCAGUGCGUCAACGUCAUCGGUGCCUUCCAGUGCUCCUGCCACACCGGCUUCCAGAGCACACCUGACCACCAAGGCUGCGUGGACGUGGACGAAUGCCGCUCCGGGAACGAUGGGUGCCACGUGCACUGCAUUAACACCGAGGGCAGCUAUCGGUGUGGCUGUGGACAUGGCUACUCACUGAUGCCCGACGGGAGGGCAUGUGCAGACGUGGAUGAGUGUGAGGAGAACCCAGACAUCUGUGACGGGGGCCAGUGCACCAAUGUGCCCGGGAGUCACCGCUGCCUCUGCUAUGACGGCUUUGUGGCCACGCUGGACAUGAGGACGUGUGUAGACGUGGACGAGUGUGGCCUGAACCCCCACAUCUGCCUCCACGGGGUCUGCGAGAACACAAGGGGUUCCUUUAUCUGCCACUGCCAGCUGGGUUACGUCGUCAGGAAGGGGGCCACAGGCUGUUCUGAUGUGGACGAAUGUGAGCUUGGGGGACACAGAUGUGACGGUCAUGCCUCCUGCCUCAACAUCCCUGGGAGUUUCAGCUGCAGGUGCCAGCCAGGCUGGGUGGGGGAUGGCUUCGAAUGCCACGACCUGGAUGAAUGCGCCUUCCAGGAGCACGGGUGCAGCCCGAGAGCUGACUGCCUUAACACCCCCGGCUCCUACCGCUGUGCCUGCUGCCCUGGCUUUGCCGGGGAUGGCUUCUCCUGCGAAGACAGGGACGAGUGUGCGGAGAACGUGGACCUCUGCGAGAACGGGCAGUGUCUCAAUGCCCCCGGUGGGUACCGCUGCGAAUGCGAGAUGGGCUUCAACCCCACGGAGGACCAGCGUGCCUGCCAGGACGUGGACGAGUGCGUUUUCGGGAACCUCUGCGUGUUCGGGAGCUGUGAGAACCUGCCGGGAAUGUUCCGCUGCGACUGUGAUGACGGCUACGAGCUGGACCGCGGUGGCGGCAACUGCACAGAUGUGAAUGAGUGUGCGGACCCCGUGAACUGCAUCAACGGCCUGUGUGUCAACACCCCUGGCAGCUACCUCUGCAACUGCCCCCAGGAUUUUGAGCUGAACCCCAGCGGGGUGGGCUGUGUGGAUACCCGCGUUGGGAACUGCUUCCUGGACACACAGGACCGAGGGGACGGUGGCAUUUCCUGCAGUGCCGAGAUCGGGGUGGGCGUCACCCGAGCGUCCUGCUGUUGCUCCCUGGGACAGGCCUGGGGCAACCCCUGUGAGCUGUGCCCGCUGGCCAACACCACUGAGUACAGAACCCUGUGCCCAGGGGGUGAGGGCUUCCGGCCCAAUCCCGUCACUGUCAUUCUGGAAGACAUUGACGAAUGCCAGGAGCUGCCAGGGCUGUGCCAGGGGGGCAACUGUGUCAACACCUUCGGCAGCUUCCAGUGCGAGUGUCCACCUGGCUACCACCUCAAUGAGCACACCCGCAUCUGUGAGGACAUCGAUGAAUGCUCUGCACACUUGGGCAUCUGUGGCCCUGGUACCUGCUACAACACUCUGGGGAACUACACUUGUGUCUGCCCAGCAGAGUACCUGCAAGUCAACGGUGGCAACAACUGCAUGGACAUGAGGAAGAGCGUCUGCUUCCGGCACUAUAACGGCACAUGUCGGAAUGAGCUGGCCUUUAAUGUGACCCAGAAGAUAUGCUGCUGUUCCUACAACAUUGGCCAGGCCUGGAAUAGACCCUGUGAGGCCUGCCCGACCCCUGCCAGUGUGGAUUACCAGAUCCUGUGUGGAAACCAGGUUCCCGGCUUCGUCAUUGACAUCCACACAGGGAAGCCGCUCGACAUUGAUGAGUGCGGGGAGAUCCCUGCCAUCUGCGCCAACGGUGUCUGCAUCAACCAGAUCGGGAGCUUCCGCUGCGAGUGCCCCACGGGCUUCAGCUACAACAGCAUGCUGCUGGUCUGCGAAGACGUGGACGAGUGUGCCAGCGGGGAGAGCCCCUGCCAGCAGAAUGCCGACUGCAUGAACAUCCCUGGCAGCUACCGCUGCAAGUGUGCCCGAGGGUACAAGCUGUCGUCAGGCGGGGCUUGCGUGGGACAGAAUGAGUGUCGGGAGAUCCCCAACGUCUGUAGCCAUGGCGACUGCGUGGACACAGCAGACAGCUACAAGUGUCUGUGUCACCGUGGCUUUCGGGCCUCAGCAGACAAAACCCUGUGCAUGGACGUUGAUGAGUGUGACCAGCAGCCGUGUGGAAACGGGACCUGCAAGAACAUCGUUGGCUCCUACAACUGCCUCUGCUUCCCUGGCUUCCUGGCGACACACAACGGAGAUUGCAUGGACAUGGAUGAAUGCACCACCAUGGUGGGGCAGGUGUGCCGAUUUGGCCAGUGCCUCAACACAGCUGGCUCCUUCCACUGCCUCUGCCAGGAUGGUUUUGAGCUCACAAGUGAUGGGAAGAACUGCAUAGACACCAACGAGUGUCUCAGCCUCAUGGGAACCUGCUUGCCAGGCACUUGCCAGAACCUUGAGGGCUCCUUCCGCUGCAUCUGUCCCCCCGGCUUCCAGGUUCAGAGUGACCACUGUGUCGACAUCGACGAGUGCUUGGAAGAGCCCAACCUCUGCCUCUUUGGUGCCUGUACCAACAGCCCCGGGAGCUUCCAGUGCCUCUGCCCGUCUGGCUUUGUGCUGUCUGACAAUGGGCACCGUUGCUUUGACACACGGCAGAGUUUCUGCUUCACCCAUUUCGAGGCCGGCAAGUGCUCCGUACCCAAAGCUUUCAACACCACCAAGACCCGGUGCUGUUGCAGCCAGAGGCCUGGCGAGGGCUGGAAUGACCCCUGUGAGCUGUGCCCUCAGGAGGGCAGUGCCGCCUUUCAGGAGCUGUGCCCCUUUGGCCACGGGGCAGUCCCAGGCCCAGAUGACUCUCGGGAAGACGUGAACGAGUGUGCGGAGAACCCUGGCGUCUGCACUAAUGGCCUUUGCGUCAACACCGACGGCUCUUUCCGCUGCGAGUGUCCCUUUGGCUAUAGCCUGGACUUCACAGGCGUCAGCUGCGUGGACACAGAUGAGUGCUCCAUCGGGCACCCCUGUGGGGAAGGCACCUGCACCAAUGUCAUCGGAGGCUUCGAAUGUGCCUGUGCUGAUGGCUUUGAGCCUGGUCCCAUGAUGACCUGCGAGGACAUCGACGAGUGCUCCCAGAACCCCCUGCUCUGCGCCUUCCGCUGCCGCAACACUGAGGGCUCCUAUGUGUGCACCUGCCCAGCUGGCUACGCCCUGCGAGAGGAUGGAGCCAUGUGCCGAGAUGUGGACGAGUGUGCAGACGGCGAGCAGGACUGCCACGCCAGGGGCAUGAUGUGCAAGAACCUCAUCGGCACCUUCGCCUGCGUCUGCCCGCCGGGCACGCGGCCCCAGCUGGGCCCUGAGGAGGGCUGCGCAGAUGACGAUGAGUGCCGUGCCCAGCCCAGCCUCUGUGCCAGCGGCCGCUGCAUCAACACCGCGGGCAGCUUCCGCUGUGACUGUGACGAGGGCUUCCAGCCGAGCCCUGGCCUCACUGAGUGCCACGACAUCCGGCAGGGGCCCUGCUUCUCUGAGGUGCUGCAGGCCAUGUGCCAGGGUCAGUCCAGUGGCGCCGAGGUGGUCACCAGGGCCGAGUGCUGCUGUGGGGGCGGCCGUGGCUGGGGCCCCCUCUGCGAGCUCUGUCCCCUGCCCGGCACUUCUGCCCACAGGAAGCUGUGCCCCCAAGGCUCGGGCUACACCGCAGACGGCCGAGACGUGGAUGAGUGCCGCGCGCUUGCUCACCUGUGCCCCCACGGCGAGUGCAUCAAUAGCCUUGGCUCUUUCCGCUGCCACUGCCAGGCCGGGUACGCGCCCGACGCCACUGCCACAGCCUGCGUGGAUGUGGAUGAGUGCGGCCAGGCCCCCACGCCAUGCCCCUUCCUCUGCAAAAACACCGAGGGCAGCUUCCUGUGCGCCUGCCCCCGUGGCUACCUGCUGGAGGAGAACGGCAGGAUCUGCAGAGACCUGGAUGAGUGCUCCUCCAGGCAGCACAACUGCCAGUUCUUCUGCGUCAACACCGUCGGCGCCUACACCUGCCGCUGUCCCCCUGGCUUCACCCAGCGCCGCCAGGCCUGCUUCGACAAUGAUGAGUGCUUGGCCCAGCCUGGCCCAUGUGGCACCCGUGGACGCUGCCACAACGCCCCAGGCAGCUUCAGCUGUGAGUGCUAUCAAGGCUUCACCCUGGACAGCUCAGGCCAUGGCUGCAAAGACGUGGAUGAAUGUGACGGGCCUCAUCGCUGCCAGCACGGCUGCCAGAACGAGCUGGGGGGUUACCGCUGUGGCUGCCCCCAGGGCUUCACCCCACACUCCCAGUGGAGCCAAUGUGUGGAUGAGAACGAGUGUGUCCUGUCGCCUGCGGCCUGCGGCAGCGCCUCCUGCCACAACACACUGGGCGGCUUCCGCUGUGUCUGCCCCUCCGGCUUCGACUUCGACCAGGCCCUCGGGGGCUGCCAGGACGUGGAUGAGUGUGCGGCACGGGGCGGCCCCUGUAGCUACAGCUGUGCCAACACCCCUGGUGGCUUCCUGUGUGGCUGCCCCCGAGGCUACUUCCGGGCUGGGCAAGGGCACUGUGUCUCUGGCCUGGGCUUCAGCCCCGGACCCCAGGAUGCCCCAGAUGAGGAGGGGCUGCUGUCGCCCGAAGCCUGCUAUGAAUGCAAGAUCAACGGCCAGCUCCCUCGUGACCGGCCACGGCGCAGCCCCCACAGGAACUAUCAGGUGAACCUGGCCAGCCUUGACUUGGAGUCUCCGUUGACCUUGGGCCUGAACCUCUCCCGCCUGCGCCGGGCCGAGCACAUCCUGGAGCUGCGGCCGGCGCUGGAGAGUCUGGGGGGCCGCGUCCGCUACAUCAUUGCCCAUGGCAACGAGCAAGGUUUCUUCCGCAUGCAUCACCUCCUUGGCCUCAGCGCCCUGCAGCUGGGGCGUCGGAGGCCAGGGCCUGGAACCUACCGGCUGGAGGUGGUGAGCGUGGCCGGGCCCUGGGGCAGCCAGCCAGAGGGGUGGCUGGCAGGCCGGGCCUUGAGGCUGAAGGUACAGCUGCAGCUGCUGUAG